UUACUAAUACUAAUUUUAAACAUAAAACCAAAAAAAAAAACCUUUUUUGUCAUAUCAAAAUAAACAUAAAAGUAUAAAAAAGGCACAACAAUUAUUCGGACACAUUGUAGUUUGUACGAAAAUCCUCUUAAUACAAUCUUGUCCGCUUUUUGGCAGACACACAUACAAUGAAAGCCUCAGUAUUGCUUUUUUAAACGACGCCGAAACGACGAGCUAUGGCCGACUUCAGUGCUGUUUACGAUAUUCGUGUGAAAUGACCAAUAAUUUUAAUUACUAUUAUUGUUGCAAGCACGCACCGUCGCACCACCCUACACCGGGAAGCGAUGAAAUGAGUGCUCCGCAGAUCCGUGCUCCCCAACAAGUGCCCGGCGGAGGAUACGCCAGACGAAUGAUGGAGUUAUGGACAUCCAUUGUGGAAACUGAGGAGCAGCAAAAGAAACAAGAACUGUUCGACAAAGGUCCACUAACUGUUGAAGCGUCACCUCCGCAGACAUGCAAAAUUCAGAUGCAUCAAACAUCCUCGCCCGCCUUGAAAGUUCCGAACAAAAUCGGUGCAAGAACUCCACUGGGCAAGAUCAUUUCGAUUACUCCAAGAACCCAGCAGCCGGAGCUCGGAGCUCCGAGUCUAUUAAUGGUGACUACCCGUAUUGUCCAGGCCCAGAACACACCGUGCAGGUAG